GGUCAGCGUUACCCUGAGUAUUCUUUCUCUACGGGCCUCGCCUCUCUCAAGCAUUCUUGCCGCAAACGUCUUACGAGUACAUUUUAGUAUUUGUGCCCUUUCUGGCGAUUUCAGCCUUCAAUCGUCUCUCCGUCGACCGAACAGCAGGACAGCAAACACAGCACAAGAUGAAUCACCUCGUUAUUAUCGUGAUUGCUACUGUGGCAUUCUUCGGUUGUGGCGCUGAUGCUCAGUGUUACAACUGCACCUACACCAUAAUGGGCGAAAUGAUGGUGGGACAAAAAGGUUGCAUGGAGCCCGGUUUCGACAGUACGGGAAUAGAGACUGUACCAUGUGAAAACAAAUGCAAAAUCUCAAAAAUGGAAAUGGCUGAUACUGGCAUUACACCACAAAUGACUGUGUACAUUCGCGGGUGUCAAAACAAGGCUGUGGAAGGACCUUGUGUGGACGUAGACGCCAUGGAAGUAACAGCAGGAACAACAAUAACUCAGACGUGCUGCGAGGGGGCGAAGUGCAACAACGCUGGGCUGAUUCAAUUAAGUAUUGCGCUUAUCCUGGCGCCGCUCUGCGCAUUGGUGUUCUAAACUGUCUAGUGUCCUCUCGCGCGCACCGUACGUUUUACCAUUUGUUAACUCGAGUAUUUAACUCAAGUUGUAGGUGUAGUCUUGUACUAGUUUAGACCCACAGCCAAUAUCAAAAAGUCACUAAGCACAAUCAUUCAAUUACCUCAGGAAUUGUUUACAAAGCAAACCACAAAAAGAAUAAAAAAUUUUUUUAAAGGCUAUUGCAGUGCAAAAUGCAUGGCGAGUUGUACAUUGCUUUGGAAAUGGUUCUUAGCUGAUGAUGCUUAGCUUAUACAUAACCAUGCUAAGUAGUAAUGUUUCCAUUUAAUGACUUCGUGAAAUUGGGCUCCGAGCCGGUGCGCAUGCGUAAUGUAAUCCAGACAUCUGUCAACCUUGACCUUUUGGCAAGGCAUUGUGAUCUUAGGAUUCAUACCUACUUCCAUUUUUUGUUCAUGUCAAGAUUAGUAGAAAUUUGUUUAAGCAUUUCUAUAUUAGACUUUCUUAGUUUUUUUUUAACUGCUGAUAUCUGUGCAUUGUAUUCGUUCAGUGGAUGCUAACAAUGGUCAACCAAAUACACAAUUUGUCCAGUCGAAUUUAUCAGUGGACGGGGUCUGUAGACAAAUAAACAAACAAACAAACACAAAAUCAACAAUCGCUGAAUGGAUUUGUCGUAGUACAAAAUGACGUUAAUUCUUGAGCGAAUACAAAAUAAAUGUAUUCAAACGAGUAGACAAAGAUUUACGAAAUCCCGCUGGCUAUUACCACAUAAAAAGAAGUAUAGCCUUUACCAGCACAUCAUAACUGUAAGUACAUUUCUUUCUCUGCGGUGUGGGAACAUUGGAAACUCUGCGAUUGGGAAUGCUGUAUUUUAUUCGUUGAGUCGUGUGACUUUUCUUGGGAUUUUUUUUUUUUUGGGGGGGGGGGGUAUAAUGUCAGUGUAUAGGCGCCCCAUAGCGUGGCGAACCUUUCUACCCAAGAGGCUUAAGCUUUCGUUUUAAUCUGUGUCUAUUCGUGUGGAUUGAGAUAGGAUUAACUGAUGAUAAUUAUCCACAUCUUCGAUGAGUUUGGUUGAUGUUGAGCGUUAUAUGGAACGGGGCAAUGCUUGGAUAAAAUGAUGCAGUGCACUCUAGAAAAAUUACUAUGCCAUGUAUAAUUCCUUGCUCUAUGUUCAGGCCUACAUUUGUCUUGAUACGUCUUAGCCUUUAUCACCGGAGUCUGUCUGGUAUAAUUGUCGCAUUUGUUCAAUUUUAAUAUUUUUCCAGUUUUGUAGCUGUUAACCUUAUAGCCUGUGAUAAUUAAAUAACCGAUUAUACAAGAA